AUGACGGUCCUUUGGGUUCUCCUCCCGUUCGGCGUCACUGCAGGAAAUAAGAUGUCGAGCGCUUCCUCUCUACUUCCACUGGACAUGGCCAAGGACUCCGUGGACGACAUGUACGACGGCUGCCCCGCUGAAAUGGAAAAGAAGGCCAAAGAGUACCUGAAGCAUGAGCUGAACAAAGACCCCCUGUUUAAAAAGACCUGGACGGAAGCAAAGCAAAAAUACCAGAGUAGAUUUCCUAAAGCUAGUAAAAAAGGCGUGGAACAGAUCCUAGCUCUUCAUGUUUACCUCUUUAUCAAAGGAAACAUGUAUCAGCCUUUUAAUGAGGCCACUAGAGAACAGGGACCCGAGUACAAGACCACGUUCAAGUAUCACGCGCUGCACUUUUACCUGACCACAGCCCUGCAGACAAGGCAGAAACAGGACACAUGUUACAACCUCUACCGCAGGACGGACAAGUCCUUCCAACAAGACGUCCUCAACAAGGAGGUUCGCCUCGGCUCCUUUGCCUCCAGUGUUGUGGAAGAUUUUCUCAGAUGGUUUCCUCCUCCAGUCGCUGACUGCAGGUGUCUGUGCAGGAGGAUGAAGAUGAAGAUGAUGAUGAAGAUGAUGAUGGCGGCCUUUUGGGUGCUCCUCCCGUACGGUGUCUCUGCAGGAAAUAAGAUGGUAAAAUACACACUGGCUUUUGGUUCCUCUCUACUUCCACUGGACAUGGCUCAGAACUCCGUGGACGACAUGUACAAAAACUGCUCCACUGAAAUGGAAACAAAGGCCAAACAAUACUUAGAGAAGGAGCUGAAAGACCCCCUGUUUAACAAGACCUGGACGGAAGCAAAGCAAAAAUACCAGAGUAAAUUUCCUAAAGCUAGUAAAAAAGAAGGCGUGGAACAGAUCCUAGCUCUUCAUGUUUACCUCUUUAUCAAAGGAAACAUGUAUCAGCCUUUUAAUGAGGCCACUAGAGAACAGGGACCCGAGUACAAGACCACGUUCAAGUAUCACGCGCUGCACUUUUACCUGACCACAGCCCUGCAGACAAGGCAGAAACAGGACACAUGUUACAACGUCUACCGCAGGACGGACAAGUCCUUCCAACAAGACGUCCUCAACAAGGAGGUUCGCCUCGGCUCCUUUGCCUCCAGCUCACUGAACCAAGACCUGGUGCGAUUUGGAGACCAGUCGUGCUUUGAGAUUGAGACGUGCAUGGGAGUGGACGUCUCCAUGCACUCUGAAUUUGUGAUGGAAGCAGAGGUGCUGAUUCCUCCUUACGAGGUCUUUAAAGUAACAAAGAUAACGAGGAGAUCACAGCAGCCAGGUCUCUGGUGCCAUGUGGUCUACAAACUGAAGAGCACUAAAAAUCCUCUUUCCAAUUUCAAUUGUGCUCUUUUUCAGAAAUAAGCUCUGUGACCUUAAAUCGCACAAGUUACAAAACCUGCAACGUUUAGGAUUCAGGAUUCAAUGAUUCUCUGCAGAUGAUGUUUAACAAGAAAAAGAAUGAAUGAAAAGGCAUUUGUUAGAAUCAACAUUUGAAUAAAUCCACUGUAAAAAGUGUUGAUGGAAGAAGAUUAAUCAU